AUGAUUGACAUAAGUUGCUACAAUGCUUUUGUCCUGUUCACUACUGUGGAGCCGGACUGGAACAGAGCAAAGCACUACAGGCAGUGUCUGUUCAUAGAGCAGGUUGGCAGAGCCCUCACCACCCCGACCAUGGUGAAGAGAAGCCACCUGCCACCGUUUGCAGCCAGCCUGGUCUUACAAGCCCAGGGCCAAGGGCCGCAUGACACCGACACCAGGCUCGUGUUUGAGAAGGUGACAACAAACAACGGCAAUGGCUACAAUGCCAACACAGGCAUCUUCUCUGCCCCCAUCAAAGGACUGUACUACAUCCACUUCACCGGGCUGACUGGAAACUCCAAGUCCAUGCAUGCAGCUCUGAUGAAGAACGGCGAGAACAUGUUUGCAGUCCAGGACACGGUGGGACCACACAGCAGCACCUCCAAUGGCAUGACACUGAUCCUGGAACAGGAUGACCGCCUCUGGAUCACCCUCUUGAAAAACAGCAGCAUCUUUGACCAAGGUCGGCUCAGCACCUUCACUGGCUUCCUCGUCUUCCCCAUGAGCGGAGCCUGAGACACCUGCCCUGGAGAAGAGGACAGUGGCAAUUGCUGAGGCUUGGUAGAGUCAAGAAAGAGAAAGUUUGACAGCAUUAAAAUCACCCAAAACAUGUGCACUAAAUAGUACUGUUAUCUAGAAUAAAUGAGAAAUAAGAACCAGCCUACCAAGAUAGUCCUCCUCAUUUUCAGAAGUUUCAUAGAGAGUAUAAACGUUAAGGACAGUAUUGUUAUUCUGUAUAUAUUGUAUACCAGUACACCAGUCUACAUCCAGCCUAACUGGCUUUAUCGCAGCCACCGCCCUGGUAUUCUGCCUCUGACUAUAGCUGUGCUGAGAUCAGUGGUUGAUUCCCCCACUCCCAAACAUUUUGGAUCAAUCAUGCAUUGCUUGACGUUACAGAACCGGACUUGCGUCGUUCAUAAUAACGCCAGACUACUGAGUAACCUUGAAAAAGCUGAACCUGCUGCAUAUAUUGACAACUUUCUGCCAGGUGACACUCUGUUGAGUUUCUCUUUAAGAUACAGGGAAAGCGUUUAGUGGCAAACACACUAAGCCUCAGUUACUUUGACACAAAGGCAUCUGCUGUGAUGCUUCCACCUCUGAUUAUGUCUCACAAGUAUCAGCUAUGUUUGUAUACAUAGAUAUAAAA